GUCACCUACAUGCUCGUUCAUGAAUUGCCACAGCCGGUCUCGCAAUGAGCAACAUCUGGGAUGCGUAUUGGGUUGAACGUUAUCACUUCUUUGAAUCCGCCGGAUACAGGCUCCGAGAGCACUUCCAUCCUGACCACGUCCCACCGUCGAACACUGUGCCAUAUCUCAAAGAUCCUUCGAUACUGCGGCACGCGCGUGUUAGCCUCAUGGAUGCUCGGCGCAUCUCAAACAAUAUAUUACUCAUGCUCAAAUGGACGGACACAGCCAAGCAUCCCACCGAGGUAGAAAUCGGUCAGCUAUUCUCGGCUGAACCUCCGCGGGACGAUCCGCUGACGAGCCCGGGGUCGCUUUGACUGUGUAACCAGACCGGCGCUGAUUGAUAUAACAGCGGUCACAUCACAAGCUGUGCUUCAUGCAGCUUACCACGUCAUUCCACGUGCCGUUCAGCAUCAGUGGCGAUGCUCCCAUCAUCCAUCAUAAGCUGUGCUUCAUGCAGCUUACCACGUCAUUCCACGUGCCGAUGCUCCCAUCACCCAUCAAUACUCAAUAUUCGGUCUCUCAUAACGAUCCACAAUCCCGGUUUCAAACACUCGUCAAACGCGGCGCUACGAUGCAAGACCGCCACAGAAAUGGUCCCCAGACUAGGACUGAAUUCCUGGAAGGGCCCAGGCAGUUCCAGAGGGACGAGACCGGUCCAGGAUUUCUCUCAGAAUACAGAUUCCCCAGUUUCACAUUCCGUUAUAUUAUAGGUCUCAUGUUCCUUUUAUUUCUUCUAGCUAACCAAAAUUGAACUCUAUUCAUCUACCUACAGUAUAAAUACACAUGUAACCGUCCAUAAAAUGCAGGUUGAUUUUACCCCA